AUGACGUGGCUCUAUACUGACCAGGUGUUGUUGUUACAGGACACUACUGAGGGCGAGGCUGUCGGCGGCGGUGCAGGAGGGAGCGACAGUAAUCAGAAUGGCCCCUCGUUGCCCUCUGGCCUGAGUCCUGCCAUGGCUGCCGCAGCUGCUGCUGCCGGAGGUGUGGGCGCCCACUCCCUCCUCCAGCAGACCAUGUGCCAGCUGCUGCGGCCUUCGUCCCCCCGGCCAGACCUACCACUCUCCCCGCCCCCUCUCGGCCACGGCUCCGAAUCACGGCACCUAUACUGGGGCGCCCAUGACCUGAGGGCUGACCCCGACCGCCAGGAUACCCACUCCCCGCUCUCGAUCGAGCCCUCCAAGUCGGGCAGCGAUAAGGGCGAUAGUAUGAGCGGAACCUCAGGAUUUCCCCCCAAGUCUCCGCCACCUAUGGGCCAGUUCAACAUGCCCGCCGAAAUCUUCCAGCAACAUCUUGACAAAAAACUGAGGAACUUCAACAUCGUGAGGGUCAUUUACAUCAGCAACAUACAAAGAACCACGUCAACCUCACCAGCAGCACAGCCAGCGAGUCGACAGACGCUGCAACCAUCACAGCGACAUCUAGAGAUCUUCUGCAACAUCAUCUCAAAAACGACAACAUCAACGGCAGGAUCGCAGCACCGUUAA